CCAGCCACGCACGAGGUUGAUGCGAAAAGGCGUCAGGAACCCAGAGGAUAGGGCUCGUCAGAGGCGGCACUGUUCACCUGGAAUACCUACCUGAAGCUCUCCAAUGACACGCAGCUGCAUCAACUUAUCAAUACUGUUGCAUGUAUUCACGGCUGAUAUGUCGGCCCCUGUGGCCUAGCCCGUAGUAAAAGAUCAGUCGCUGUUGAGUCGAAGACCCGAGUGCCAUAAACUCGCGGCAGCUGAAUUAAACUGUCCCCACCAGAGGAUGCUGCCCUGAAGUGCAAUGAUGGCCGGGACUCGGAGGAUUGUUCUGAUAAGGAUGACAUUUGGUUGAAAGACUCGUGGACCGAAACAUAAAAUCAGCUCUCUCGGUUUAUUGUGUUUUUUUGCGCCAAGAAGCUGCACCAAGAUCCGAUCUCUGCCGAACCACACUCUCGGUUUUCAGACUCGGUUCGGGGAGAUGGCCGCGAUCGCCAGCUCCCUGAUCCGGCAGAAACGCCAGGCGAGGGAGUCGAACAGCGACCGGGUCUCUACUUCGAAACGUCGCCCCAGCCCCAGCAAAGACCCCCGCUCUCUCUGCGAGAGACAUUUCUUGGGGGUCUUCAGCAAAGUCCGUUUCUGCAGCGGCAAGAAAAGACCCGUUCGGCGGCGACCAGAUGCACCCUCGAAACCUCCACAGGUGUCCCAUAAGGGCUGCAGGCUAGAGCCGCAGCUGAAAGGCAUCGUGACACGACUGUUCAGCCAGCAGGGCUUCUACCUGCAGAUGCAGCCGGAUGGAACCAUCGACGGCAGCAAGGACGAGAACAGCGACAACACCCUGUUUAAUCUUAUUCCUGUGGGUCUCAGAGUGGUGGCCAUCCAGGGAGUCAAGAGUGGUUUCUACAUCGCCAUGAAUGGCGAGGGCAUGCUCUACAGCUCGGAGAUGUUCACGCCAGAGUGCAAGUUCAAGGAGUCCGUUUUUGAGAACUACUAUGUGAUCUACUCGUCCACUGUGUACCGGCAGCAGGAGUCUGGCCGGGCCUGGUUCCUUGGCCUCACCAAGGAGGGACAAGUCAUGAAGGGCAACCGAGUCAAGAAGACUAAGCCCUCGUCACACUUUGUGCCCAGGCCUAUCGAAGUUUGUAUGUACAGGGAGCCGUCAAUGCAUGAGAUAGAGGACAAGCACCGCUCCAGGAAGAGCUCAGGGACUCCCACCAUGAACGGAGGGAAAGCUGUCAAUCAGGACUCCACAUAGCAGCAGGGGGAGGGGCUUCCAGCAGGGGGGAGUGGCCUCAUCCUGACUCAGAGGGAGGGGCCAUAGGAAAACUCACCUCCCCCCAAAAUACAUCCCCUCUGGGAAAAAAAAGAGGGCGUUGCCACGACGUGGAGCUAUUACAGUACACCCAAGACAUCAAAAACAAAACUGAACUCUUGCCUGUGAAAACCUUUUAGAUGAAUUAAUAUGAAACCAGAGGAUAUAUGGAGAUAUAUAUGGAGAGAAAAAAAACAUUUUCAAUCAGGACUUGACCAACAUUUUAUGCAAAAAAAGAGAAAAAGCUGUGAUAAACAAAGGAAUGGUGGUCUCUCUUCACACAAAUACAAAUAUCUAUCAUUUCCAAUUUAUGCUGUGAAAAACAAGCUUUAAUACAUGUUAAAUUUUCAUACAUUGAUUUCUUUUUUAAAUGCUAUUGCACUCUCAUAUGCUUAUUGUGUUAUUGUCAGUAAUAACUAGGACAUCAUCAUCAUUACUAAUCUGUUGAUCCUAUCAUAAUUAUUCUGGCUUUUCUUUUUGUUUUUGAGACUAAAGAAAGUAUUAUUUUUCUUUUCAAUUACUCUUGUGUCUCUCAUAGUUUAAUCCUGAAUGCACUGUCAUACUACCUGCUCUGGUAUGAGGGUAAGACUGAAUGUAUUUGAUAGUUCUCUGUGUUGGACUCCAUUGGAUACAGAGUGCUUAGGGUGGGAUGUAAUUUACUCAGGUGUGUACUGUAAGUGUAACUAAUGUGACUAAUUGGACGGAUAGGGCUGUUUGAAAUACUCUAAUGUGAACUUCCCUAUGUUGUUCUGCUGUGACAGAACAGGAAUGAUACAAGCAAUAUAAUAGAGAGCAGUCUAGCAUGUCUCUAAAUAACAUUCAUACCAAUCUGACGGCACAUCUCUGUGGUCAGUGUGUUCGAAGGCUGACAGAAAGUUGCAGAAGUAAGUAAGUCUGAAUCAAAGGAAAACUGUUUUGAUAUAGCUUCAAUAUACUCUUAACAUUUGCAAGGAUUAUUAGGUUUUAAAUAAAGAGAUGUUCAUAUUUGUCAAAAAUGGCAAAGAAACUCUUCUUUGCCAUUUUUGACAAAUUCUCUCCAACAACUGAGAGCAAUAUAACGACCAGCAUCAGCACUAUGAGCCAUGGCCAAAAACGGUCACUUCACAUUUGCGCCUCAAGAAACACAGACCCCUUUCUCGGCUGUUAGCUAGGAUAUAACAACAACUCUCAAAAUAUAUCUAUAUAACAGUAUUCAGGCUUUUGAACUAUAUUGACAAAUCAUGAAAUAAUCCUUGAUUAAAAAAGCAUUCUGCUGUUUUUUCUAAGCAAAAGUAAGGAUGAAAGUUGUUUUGGCAGGCCUGGCAGUGAAGAUAUGUGUUGUCUAGUUUUCAAGUUCUACUAUUUCUUUUAUUUUUCUUGUGAAAAGAUUCAACUCAACACUAGUGGACAGGGUGUCUGACUGUUUAAUAAUUUACUGACCUGACUUGUUGAUAUUUUCAAUAUAAUUUCACAAUCACUAAGACUUUCCCAUCACAAUGUAAGCAGAAUGUCUCAUUGAGGAAACCAGUUCAUCUGGAUUUAGCCAGGUUCGGUGAGGAUGAUUUACUAUCUCAGUGAGAGUAUCUCACUGUUUGUUUUCUCUGACAUGGUAAUCUGUACAGCGUCCCCCCUUCACCCCCCGGUUUUGUGACCCAUGAAAUGAGCCAUUUGCUGCAUUGUGGAGGAAAGCUUCACUAUAUAUAAAUCAACAUGCUGACAGGGCUGUAUAAACAAGGUGAAUUGACUGGUACACCGUUCCAUUCCUAAUCUCCAAUUAGUUUGUCUAACUCAGGAAGUCCUACAAUUGUUCCGUGAAUGGGGCCAGAAAUAAAGGCUGGCUGCUCAUUGUCCAGCACCCAUUGCACAAAGCCUGGCCACUGGUGUGGUGUUUAAGGAGGUCUGGAUGGGGUCUGUGGUGUUUUUAUCAUUACAGGUGGUGUACAGCUAAGCCUAGCCAGGAUUCGGAGGUUGUAAAAGGAAUUACGGGAGCCGAGAUAAAGCAUGAACAUCGCAUGACUGUAAGAGUUGAUUGGUUUGAUUUUGAGGUGAGAGCUAAUAAAAGAUUGCUUUAAGUUUGGGGGAAUAUGUCCAAAACUUUUUUAUGCAACGUUUUGAUCAGUAUUUUAGCGAGAGUUUGUACAUGUCUACUAUAUCUGGUUGAAAAUCAUAUGCUAAAUUGGUGGUAUGUAGAGUAUAUAGCACACAUUCAGCUGCACAGAGCAAACCGCAGUGUUAUAUCAUCAUGGAUCUAUGAGGGUUUUCCACCUGGGGCCCGGGUCUAUAGCUGGUGCAAGUUACCUGCAAGAGCUAACGGUAGAUUAGUUCAACUUCCAUAGCACCUACAGCAUAACAGUGAUACAUACAGCAUAUUAGACGUGACACUGGAAGUCAGCAGGCAAGACCAGCAUAUAUAGGUAUCUUUUUAUAGAGGUUUAUAUUGGUGCAAAUGAAAUAUACAUGGACUUAAAGCAGUGCAUGAAAUUGGAUGUACUUGAUGUCAACUGUUGACAGCAGAAUGAGAGGAUUUAAGAAAUGGAUGAAUAAAGCAAAGAGGUAAAAAUAGCUGAUGUGGGAGAGCGUAAAGGAGAGCACUUUUUUUGGGG